AUGGCUGUCAGGUUUAAUCUGUAUGAUGACCGACGCAUGUGGGUCCCAAUAUACUUCAAGGGUGAAUUUUGGGCAGAAAUGCGGAGUACGCAGAGGAGUGAAAGCAUGCACGCAUUCUACGGUGGAUACUUACACAGUAAAACUAGCUUGGUCCAAUUUGUUCAUGAAUAUGACAAUGUGCUUGGAGUCAAGGAGCAGAGGGAACUGGAGGAUGAUGCUGCAGACUCGAGGGGGGUUAUCCCUUGUGCAACUACCUCGCCUAUAGAGAAACAGUUUCAGCAAGAGUAUACCACGAGCAUUUUUAGGGAUGUUCAAAUUGAGUUUGUGAGGAAGGCUAACUGCAGAGUUUCUGUAGUUGAUGAACAGGGUCCAGUGGUCUGCGUGAAGGUGGAAGAGGAGAAACUACUCAACGAUACUAUUCUAUGCGUUCCGUAUGAUGUUCACUUUGACCGUUCCACACAUGAGCUUCGUUGUGAAUGCAAUCUUUUUGAGAGUUCAGGUGUGUUAUGCUGUCACUGCCUUGAAGUUUUCCAUUCAUAUAAAGUGUACAAAGUACCGUCCUGUUAUAUUCUGCCUCGAUGGAGCAAGAAGAUAAAGCGCAAGCAUACGUAUGUCAAAAGUAGCCAUGAUGUCAGUCGGUCAGAUGAGAGUCAUGUUGCAUUUAGGAAACUGUGUGCACACUUCUAUAAUGUUGCUCAAGAGUUCCUCGGUGAUGAUGAAGAAACAGCAUUGCUGCAUGUUGCUUUGGAAGAAACAAGGGCCAAGUUGGCUACGCACCGUGCCAAAAAGAGGUCCGAGAGCAUGGCAGAGACUCAGACCAACAUUGGCUCUCAGAGUCCGAAUGAUGUCGGUGUUGAUGACAUCCAAGGCCCAUCGAAGGUCACCACAAAGGGCAGGCCAAAGAGUAAGAGGCUUGGCUCUGCCCUUGAGAAGUCCAUCAAGAAUUCAAGACGGAGAAAACAAAAGAAUUCACAUCCGGUUAAUAAAGUUGUUUCUGAUUUCUACACGCUUGACUAUAUAGUUUUUCGGUACGUAGCUAUUCCUCAUAGACAUUGUUUUCACGAAAAAAAUGUCAUGGAAUCAAGUCUUUCUAAUGUGAAAAUUAACAAAGCACUAAGCAUGUCAACAGUAAGUAAACUCAGUAUAACAAAGUAG